AGAAAACAAAAAAAAUGAUCUAUUCUGCACAUCUAAUUUAUGUAUGACAUGGUUCAAUAACAUUACUCUUUCAUUAAUACUACGAAAAAUAUCAAAAGUUAAAGGAAGAAGGGCAAAUUUAAUUAGCUCAUUUGUGAUCUCUCAGUAAUGCAAGUAUGUUAACAGCUAACAUUUCAUAGAAAAUAGGUUAGACCAGAAAGAAUUCAUCAUGGAGCACGCAGGAUCGGUUCGAGUUCGAUAAUCAGCCUCUUCACAUUAAAAGUAUUUAACACCUGGGUUUAUUUCAGACCCUGCUACAGGUGGUUGCUUUGUUAAACUGGUUUUGAUACUUAUUCGUGCAUCUGUGCUUGGUAGAAAUUAAAUUAUGACUCGAGCAGAAAAAAUUAUGACACUGACAGAGUAGGGUUAAGAAAAUGAUCAAUACUAUUGAGACAUAAUUUGAGGAUAAAAUGAUUGUGUAGUCAUUAAAUUGUCUAUGGUCCCAACAUCGAUUGUGCUCCACUAUCAAUCUUAUUGUCACAAUACAUUAAGUCUCUAAAUUAUAUUUCAAUAACAUUAGUGUAAGAAAAUGGGCUUGUCUGGGAGGGAAAAAUUAUGGUUUUGAGGGGGACAAAUCACAGGAGUACACAAAUUCAGAUAUUAUGCAAGAUGAUGAAGUUCUCCAUUGGCCACAAAAUUCUUAUGAAAUUCCUAGGCUAUGCCAAAACAAUGUGUAAAUGAUUUUUGCAAGUAUAAAAAUCAUGUCGUGGGCGUUUAUUGCAUUUCGACAGCUAGGAACUUGUUGUCUCUGUUGCUUUUGUACACAGCCUUGUAUAACUCAGGACUCAGUUGCACAAGAUAGGUGCCCUAGCUACCAAUUUUUCUGCUAACUGUGAAUUGUGCCUACCUUAUGCCUAGGACUCGCGACUCUAAUAUUAACUCGGGAUAAACCUUACUAACGCUUAAUUGCCCCAUAAACAUUCUGUACGAUUGAGCCAUACACGAUCCGGUUAAUGAGGCGAGCCAAGUUGAGGUUGGCCUUCCUUCACUCACUAGUAAGAGCUAUGUAUGUUUCUGAACUCAUGCUUUCCACUAGAUUGUUUAAGCUGAUUGGUGACCUGAAAUGAGCUCUCAGUGCACCCAUUCCACUUUGAGCUUUUGUUGCGUGGUUCAUUCACACAUUAUAUUCUAACCAAUUCAGAUUUAUUUGUCCUUGUCAACAGCUGAUAAAAUUCUAUAGUUCUUUUAUGUAAAGAAUAGGACUCGUCACAAAUUGUUCUUUGUGUGAUGAGGAAUGUAGGAGACACAUGCUACCAGUAUUUUUUCAGUCCGCUCCCUUAGGCUUUUUGUUAUAGCUAAGAUGAAAAUUUCAUUUUAAAGAACAUUACUUCCUUGUUGUAUGGCUAUUUCAAAUGGUGUCUGUAUGUUUGCAUUUGUUUGGGGGAUAUGCCUGAUACUAGUACCCUCACUAUGUUAUAUAGAUAAAUUGAAGUUAGUUUUGUUGAGGUGGAUGGUUCACUAUUCCAACCAUGGCAAGGUGGAAUUGAAGACCUGUUGGCACAACUGUUUAACUUCGAUUAAGCUCCGUAGGUUUUACAAAGCUUUUCUUGUAUAUAUAAACCGAUGAAAUAGCUUAAUAUUCCUAGGAACCAAAAAAUUGACAAUCAUAAAUGAUAAGUUCACAUGAAUUCUUUAUAUGUUCUGUUAAUUGGUUCAGCUAGGCCUUGUGUUCACAAGUUGAUGCAGCAUGGAUGCUUUAAAUGAUCAUUGCUAUGUAUGUGACCAGGUGCAUCUGUAAGAUUGUCCCAUUAUGGCAUGUAAGUCAAGUGUUUGAGUUAAAAUGAAAACUCUCUACAUGCAAGAUAAGAUUAGGUACAUCUAACUUGAUACUCCAUGCACGGAUCAUUUAGUGAUUGGGACUUUUGUUUACCGGGAUUGCAUCUUUAUGACCUGGUGUAGUUGGGGCUGAAACUGUUGAAACCCGACCCUCAUUUUCCCUGCUAAAAGUCAUUAAUUUAUUUUGACUGAGAUGACUACGGUGUACAAGUCAAGGGGGUAUGCUCUUACAAAAUAGAAAGCGUAAACAUUUGAAAGUUCUUUCCUCCGGAGGUUACAUGUUGAAUGUUGCAAACACACUAAACAAGAUUCAGAAUCACAUUUAUAAUUGCAAAACUAUGCAUUAUAAAUAACUUGGUAACCCUUUAAUUAUUUCUCUUGUUUUUGGGUGGUGUUAAGCAUGAAGGACACUCUUGCCAAGUACAAGCUGCAAAAUAAGCUUGAGAAAGUUGAACGACCUUGUCUUGAACUGCAGAUGCUCGACACCACUCAGAACAGUGAUUAUAUCAGCAUUAGCAAGGAGUUCGCAGAUAAGAGUCACCAAAUGAGGCAGCUGAUGGGCGAGGAUCUUCUUGGAUUAAACUUGGAAGAAUUGCAGCAAUUGGAGAAAAUGCUCGAAUUAGGACAAACCCGUGUGCUUGAGACAAAGGGUGAACGAAUCACGAAUGAGAUUGCUGCCCUUCAAAGGAAGGGUGAUCAGCUAAGGGAAGAGAACAGGCGAUUGAAACAGCAAGUAAGGCAAUCACGGGUUGAGGAGGAUAAUGGUCUGCAGAUGGUGAUGAUUUCUGAAGGAAAUUGGCGUACUAAUAAUAUUAUCACUGAUCAAUUGGAUAAUUUGAUUCCCGAAGGGGGACAGUCGCCGGAGUCGGUCACCAAUGUAAGCAGCUGCAACAGUGGUCCACCUCGUGAGGAUUAUUGCUCCGACACCUCGUUGAAACUAGGGCUACCCUUCAACUAA